AUGCGCCAGUGGGAGACGAAGCAAACCGUUAAAAAAUGCAGUGCUCACGCACUUGAUGAGCAGCAUGAAGGUGAUGCGGCGGAUGCGCUUCGCGUGCAGCUCGUGGCAGUGCGCGCGGCAGAAGCUGCAGGAGAUAAAGUACAGAUGUACGCACUUGAUGAGCAGCAUGAAGGUGAUGCGGCGGAUGCGCUUGGCGUGCAGCUCGUGGCAAUGCGCGCGGUAGAAGCUGAAGGAGAUAAAGUACAGAGGUACGCACUUGAUGAGCAGCAUGAAGGUGAUGCGGCGGAUGCGCUUGGCGUGCAGCUCGUCGUGGUGCGCGCGGCAGAAGCUGCAGGAGAUAAAGUACAGAGGUACGCACUUGAUGAGCAGCAUGAAGGUGAUGCGGCGGAUGCGCUUCGCGUGCAGCUCGUGGCGGUGCGCGCGGCAGAAGCUGCAGGAGAUAAAGUACAGAGGUACGCACUUGAUGAGCAGCAUGAAGGUGAUGCGGCGGAUGCGCUUCGCGUGCAGCUCGUGGCGGUGCGCGCGGCAGAAGCUGCAGGAGAUAAAGUACAGAGGUACGCACUUGAUGAGCAGCAUGAAGGUGAUGCGGCAGAUGCGCUUGGCGUGCAGCUAGUGGCGGUGCGCGCGGCAGAAGCUGCAGGAGAUAAAGUACAGAGUUACGCACUUGAUGAGCAGCAUGAAGGUGAUGCGGCGGAUGCGCUUGGCGUGAAAAUCGUGGCGGUGCGCACGGCAGAAGCUGCAGGAGAUAAAGUACAGAGGUACGCACUUGAUGAGCAGCAUGAAGGUGAUGCGGCGGAUGCGCUUCGCGUGCAGCUCGUGGCGAUGCGCGCGGCAGAAGCUGAAGGAGAUAAAGUACAAAGGUACGCACUUGAUGAGCAGCAUGAAGGUGAUGCGGCGGAUGCGCUUCGCGUGCAGCUCGUGGCGGUGCGCGCGGCAGAAGCUGCAGGAGAUAAAGUACAGAGGUACGCACUUGAUGAGCAGCAUGAAGGUGAUGCGGCGGAUGCGCUUCGCGUGCAGCUCGUGGCGGUGCGCGCGGCAGAAGCUGCAGGAGAUAAAGUACAGAGGUACGCACUUGAUGAGCAGCAUGAAGGUGAUGCGGCGUACGCGCUUGGCGUGCAGCUCGUGGCGGUGCGCGCGGCAGAAGCUGCAGGAGAUAAAGUACAGAGGUACGCACUUGAUGAGCAGCAUGAAGGUGAUGCGGCGGAUCCGCUUCGCGUGCAGCUCGUGGCGGUGCGCGCGGCAGAAGCUGCCGAAGCGCCGCGACACCGCGCUGUCGUCGCUGUCGCCGCUAUCGCGCACGCCGAUCAUUAG